AUGACGGUUCAAAUGAGACAGGUUCGUCGUCAUGUGGAAAACUUUAGAUCACAAUGCACACAAGAUGGCACCUGCUUUAAUGGCUGUAAACCCGGUUACUAUGGCAGCGACUGCAGUGGGACAUGUGACAACUGCGUCGGAAGGAACUGCAGUGGAAGCAUGGGGGUCUGUACCAACGGCUGCGUAGCUGGUUACUAUAGCAACAUGUGUAACCUGGCCUGCCCGGCAGAAUGCAAAGAAUGUGGCAGUGCAGGAACCUGCACCAAGUGUAAAGACACCCACUAUGGACUUCCUGCCUGCAACUUGCCAUGUAGUGAUAACUGUGUGGUCACUUCAUCCGGUCGCGUCUGUAACGAGAUCAGUGGGACGUGCUUAGGGGAUUGUAAAGCAGGCAUCUUCGGUGCACAGUGUCAGACAGUAUGCAGCGUGCAGUGCGCUACGUGCUCCUCAGUGAAUGGAGACUGCAAAACAAAAUGCGUGGCUGGAAAGUACGGGACUAAGUGUAUUUCAAACUGCCUGGAGACUUGCAAUGACAGCACGUGUGAUCAGACGAAAGGAAAGUGUGAAACAAAGGUCACUUACCCUACCCUGCCCCCGGCAGCGUCCACAGCGGAUGAUGAGGAGCUGAGUACCGGCGCCAUCAUCGGCAUUGCCGCCGGUUGCUUCGGCGCCCUCGUCAUCAUCAUCGUCUUCGCCUUCUGUUGCUUCUAUCAGAUGAGGCGCGCGGAGGACGCGAAGAGCGAGAUCCACAUACCGGAAGACAUUCUCGAGCGCCUCUCACACAAGGGUUACACAGCGCAAGUGUCUGCACGUGACCUCCACAGCCAAUACUCGACCAGCCUUCCCAACCCAAACUUUAAUCUAGACGGAGAUGAUGAGAAAGAUUUUGUUCUUUUUUAA